UUUAAAAAAGUAACAAGAACAAAGAGUUAGUUAGUCAUCGUUUAUUCGUAGCUUGUGGAUUUAUUUUCCCAAAAAAACUAAACUGUACAACAACCGAAUGUGCUUUUGUAUAUCGUAGAGCGUACCAUAACGAGUUACUUGCCGAACAAGGAAGACAGCAAACUUGCUGAUCUCGUCGCGUACUUGAACUGCAGUUGUGUCAGUCCGGUCGAAACGUGGGAUUUGUGCAUUAUUUGGUGCGAACGAGCGAACGCGCGCGUGCAUUACUUGAAUUGAGCUGUUAUCAGCUAAACACGAAACCAGAAUCCGACCGGUGACAUUAUCCGCGUAUUUGUCGGGCUGUCGACAUCAGUUUUGAAACCGCUUGAAACAAUGACCGACAAGAUCCGUCUCAAUGGAAACGGCGUGGAUGUCAAUGGAACCGCUACGACGACGAUGAUCAACGGAAUCGACGAGAAUGAGAAAAUUGCGGGCGUUUUCUACUACGCUAAGGAAGCUUCGGGGUACACCUAUGACACGCUACAGGAAAUUGCUAAUCACCUGCUAGGGCGUACUAAGCUCCGGCCUAAGAUCGGAAUCAUCUUGGGCACCGGGCUGGGGUCGUUGGCCAAUCAGCUGACCGAUGCGGACUACAUUGACUACCAGACGAUUCCGCACUUCCCUGUGUCCACGGUGGAAGGUCACGUGGGCCGGCUGAUCUUCGGUUAUCUCAAGGGUGUUCCAGUCAUGUGCAUGCAGGGGCGGUUUCACUACUAUGAAGGCUACCCACUUGCCAAGUGUUCCAUGCCGGUACGUGUGAUGAAACUGGUUGGAUGUAGUCAUCUGAUUGCUACCAACGCCGCAGGCGGCCUGAAUCCAAAGUACAAAGUAGGUGACAUCAUGUUGAUGAAGGAUCACAUCAACAUUAUGGGUUUCGCUGGGAACAAUCCUCUGCAAGGUCCAAAUGAUUCUCGUUUCGGACCGCGGUUCCCCAACUUGGUCAACGCUUACGAUAGCAAACUGCUUAAGAAGGCCAAACAGAUUGGCCAGGAUAUUGGUUUCGAGAAUAGCUUGCACGAGGGAGUGUACAUUUGCUUGGGUGGCCCGAACUUCGAGACCGUGGCCGAGCUGAAGAUGCUUCGCAUAUGGGGCGUUGACGCUGUGGGAAUGUCCACGGUGCACGAGGUGACUACCGCUCGGCACUGCGGAAUGACGUGUUUUGCGUUCAGCCUGAUCACGAAUAUCUGCGUGCCGGAAUACGACGACGAGGAAACGCCCUGCCAUGAUGAUAUCGUUUGUAUUGGCCAGAGGCGAGAGUCUACACUAAUCGAGCUGGUACAGCGUAUGGCCAAGCAUAUCCACAUGGAGCUGAAGCAGUAAAAUGGUGAACGCGAAUUCUCUCUAUUUAAACGUCACGAAAGUCUUCAUAAUUAGGACACUGAAUACUGGCAAGUAUUCAUCCAGUUUACAUUGUUUUAAGAUUCAGUCAGCAUAAGAGAAAUAAUUUUUCAAACUGUAUGUAUGAUAAUGCUAAUAUUAAUGGUAGAAUAGUAUUUGUAACGAAAUUACAUCAACAAAUAUACUAUUAUAUGCAUAAACAGUCUCAUGGUUUAGAGUUCACGAGAUGCGAACUAAUGUAUUUUUAGCAAAUAAGACCUUUACAUUGUUGAAACAAGAAGAAAACCAAAAAGCAAGGUUAUAUGACUGUAAAGUGACUCUACAGUGCAGUGACCAAAAUUCUAACAUAAAGGCUGAAACGGCCAAAAAUUGGACAAACAUGAUGAUGU